GGGUAAAUGUGGGUCUGAUCUCCUGCACAGAGACGUAGCAUGUAAUUUAAAACCAGGCACAAGCUUGGGGGCUGCACUGAGCCUCACGCAUAUGCACACACACACAUAUGCUCAUGCACAAACAACGGCACACUGCAUUCAGGCAUCCAGCGAAACACAAAGCUCAUGACAGGACAUGAAGAUCAGCAAACAGAACAUACUCAGAUCGGAUGAGAUUUUGGAUGCCUCACCCUGUUAGCAGGGACUGCAGCUGAACCCCAACACUCUGACUGAAGCUUGUCAAAGUUACACUGAGACUCCAAGCCACUGCUUUUAGCCAUGCGGCUGCUUUGCGGUCUACUACUGAUGCUGUUCUUGGGAAUCUGGGCAGCCGAGGCACGAAAGGGUGAAAAGGGGAAUGGACGUCGCAAGCGGGGUCAAAAUCGGACCGGCACCAUCAAGCGUAACGCUGCAGAUUGCAAAGUAUAUUCAGCUAAUGGAGAGAAAUUCAUGGACUGUCAAGAGCGUCAACUGACAGCUGUAAUGUUGGGUUGGCUGGAGGAUAUUGAUCAUCUGCUGUUGGCAAAGAACAGGAUCAAGGUGCUACGAGACAAUACCUUCAGUCAAUUCCGCAACCUUAGGAGCUUGGAUCUGCAGCACAAUGAAAUAUCACGCAUUGAGGAAGGAGCAUUCAGCGGCUUGAGCAAACUCACAACUUUACUGCUGCAGCACAACCGUUUGCAGGCUGUGAGCGAAGGCAUGCUAAUCCCUAUGCCUCAACUCAAGUACCUGCGUCUCCAUGAUAACCCUUGGAGGUGUGACUGCCAGCUAGACAGUCUGGUAAGUUUCAUACAGGUUCCCAGUAACCGCAACAUUGGUAAUUAUGCCAGGUGUGCAGAGCCUGUGGCAUUUGCUGGGAGGCAGCUUAAGAAGCUGGAUGCAGAGCAGCUAUGCACCCCUCAGCUGAAGAACGUAUCACAGCAACCAGACCAUCAGCCACUGCCAGCUCCGCAAAGGCAAUCUGAUGCAACAACUCUGUGCUACACCUACAUGCACCCUGUGCCCUGCCUGGACUGCAGGAACAAAGAACUGAAAACUGUGCCAGCAGAUAUCCCGGUGGAUAUUGUGAGAUUGGAUCUAUCCAGAAAUAACAUCAAGCAGCUGAGACCUAAAGAGUUUGUAAAAGUUAAAGACUUAAAGCUCCUGAACCUGAGCAGCAACAGUCUGAAACACAUAGACACGGCUGCCUUUACAGGCCUGCUGCAUUUGGGAGAGCUGGACCUUUCCAACAACAGUCUGCAAUAUUUCCAGUACGGUGUUUUGGAGGAUCUGUACUUCCUGAAGAAACUGUCAUUGGGGAACAACCCUUGGAUAUGUGAUUACAAUAUUCACUACUUGAUCUAUUGGCUGAGCCACCACUCUGGAGUGUCCUACACUGGUCUGGUGUGCAGUGAACCAGAGGAGUUUCGGGGAUGGCCGGUGGAGAACUAUGUGAAAACUUACAAUGCAGACUGUCCUGACAAGCAGCGGAACCAGUUACCUGGCACUGACCUGGCAGGCACCACAGCUCAGGAGCUCACUGCUGAGAUAGAUGAAGAGGAGAUGAUCUCAGAUUUGGGGCCCAGACCUUACAGAGUACCAAAAAAAUUUGAGAUCAUCCGUAUAUCUUAAUCCAGAAACUAUGAUGCUGUUAGGAACGCUGUUUUAUUUUAUCAAGAGCAAAUCAUUUUCCCAGCAUAAUUCUGACUGUAUCAGAAAUGAAACAAUAUACUGUCAGUUUGCAGAUUCAUUGAGUCCAAUCAGAAUUCUACCAGUUGAUGUGUGUGUGUAUUAUAUACAUAAUGUAUAUAAAUAAAUCCAUUAUUAUAUACAGUAUAUAUACUGUUUAUUAAUGCAUUUAUUAAUGGAUUUAUUUAUAUACAGUAUGUAUUAUUGAGUUUCUAUUCAUUGUUUUCUAUACAUGGAUGCAGUGCAUGAUGCUGAGAACAUUGGAAAAAAAAAUGUUUGUAGAAAUGUUCUUAAGGUGAUUCUCACACUUUAAUGACACGUUUAUUGUGUGACCAGACUUUCCACCUGAAUAAAUGUACUGGUCAAAAUUAUAUUGGGAAGUUAUAUUGGGAAGGGAUGUUUUAUAGCGAGGAUCUUGAGAUCGCUGAACCCGAUUAAAACCUGUUUGGCUGUGUCUGGUUUUGUCAACGUGAAUCUCUAAGUUUGUUCAGCUAGCUUCGUGAAACAGGCAUUGGAUGUUUGUCUGUUAACUAAUGCCUAAAACACAAGAACGCAAUUGCAGAAGCACAUGGUCCCAUUGUACAUAUCCAACGUGCAUUCUUCCGUUACUGUGGUGGUAAAUAAAAUGCAGUACUCUAGGGGGUGGUAGAGUUACCUUUAAAUGUUUGUAACAUUAAACUGGAUAU